AUGACGUCUAGCAAUCCGAAUGCGCACCAGGGCAGCCCGCCUCCGCAGCCUGCGCUGCCCAACACGCCCGCGUCGCCGCCGAACAAACGCGAUCUCAAGUCCUGGUGGAAGAACUUCAAGCUGCCUACCAAGCACCAAGAAUCGUCUCCGCAGGACAACCGCGGCCCUGGCAUUUUUGGAGUUCCUCUCCGACAGAGCAUAACCUACGCCAACGUUGCCAUCUCUCUUGUUGACGAGAAUGGCAAAAGCUACAUUUACGGCUACGUUCCCAUUGUCGUCGCUAAAUGUGGUGUUUUCUUGAAAGAAAAAGCUACUGGUGUUGAAGGCAUCUUCCGACUAAACGGGUCCGAGAAACGAAUCAAAGAGCUCAAGACGAUAUUUGACUCGCCUGAUCGAUAUGGCAAAGGACUCGUCUGGGAAGGAUAUACCGUCCACGAUGCUGCCACGGUGCUCCGAAGAUAUCUCAACGACUUGCCCGAGCCCGUAGUACCUCUGGACCUGUACGAGAAAUUCCGCGACCCCCUUCGAGGAGCUACAAAGCAGGCAGUUGGCGAUACAGAUGGUCCCCAAUUCGUUGAAAACUUUGACGAGAGGGGAGCCAUUAUCAAAUAUCAGAAGGUAAUUACCGAAUUGCCCCCGCUAAACAAACAGCUGCUUCUUUACAUCCUGGAUCUGCUGGCCGUCUUUGCCGCCAAAUCCGAUGAGAACCGCAUGAACUCUCAGAACCUGGCGGCCAUUUUCCAGCCCGGCAUGCUGUCUCACCCCUCUCAUGCAAUGGCCCCGGAGGAGUACCGGCUGAAUCAAUGCGUCAUCAUCUUCCUCAUUGAGAACCAAGACCAUUUCCUUAUUGGUAUGCAAGGCACUGAGGCAGAUGAGACAACGAUGCAGCAGGUGGCCUCCGGGCCUCCCAAUGGACCGCGUACACCAAACCCGGAUCGAAGUUCGGGCUUGGGGAGAACAGCCUCCAACGCCAGUGCGGGCGCCGAGAGCGUUCGGAAGGAUGGCAUGAUUCGACGGAACCGCUCCGUCUCCUCCAGACAUUCCAGGGUCGACGGCGCUGCCACUCCCAACAGCCCGGCCCUAGCAGCAACGCCUACUGGCGGUGGUUUAGCUAGGAGCAACACCGUGCCAUCCAAGAAGUCACCGGCUUUGGUAGGGGGGAAAUUCAAGAAGACGGAGAGCCCUGCUCGCGCGCCGCACUCGCCGGCGUUAGAACCCUUGACACCAGCUCACCCUCUCCCGGAGACUAAGCUGGAGGUUCCUAACAGAGCUUCCACACCAAACGAGAUACACAGGACCUUUGAUGAAAUGCAUCUUUCCCCUGAUCGGUUGUUAUCACCUGGCCGGAGCCAAGAGAGAUUGUUAGACGACCACUCGACGCCAACGAAGCACCACCACCAUCAAAACUUGCAAAAGCUGGAGCAACUGUUCCAGCGAUCCCCGAUCCAUGUAAGCGACGACAAACGGCAGCCGAACAAGCUAAAGAAGAAGCGGAUACCAGGUAGCAUGAGUAUCAGCGCACAGAGCUCGGUUACCUCGUUGCCGCAUUCUGCCUCUCCAGGUACGGAGGCUGGGAACCCUUUGGAGGCGGCACCAGCUUUUGCACAGCCCAUAGCACAGCCUCAGUUCCGCCCGAGUGCCAUUCCUCAUUCAGUGCCCCAGCCGGCGCCUUUUGCUUCGGCACCCUCUGUGGAGACUCAGAAGCAACCGGAUUUACAUCACCAGCACUCGACCCCUGCAAUUCACCAGAAUCAUGCUGAUCACCACAAUCACGCAAUCUCUCACUAUCACGAGCAACUGCGACCUGAAGAUAUCUCGCGGGGAAAGAAGUCCCCUCCUGCUUCGGUUAAUUCAUCUUUCAAUGACGGCUCGGACUUUGAACAGGUAGCUCACGACCCUCUGCCAGCAAUCGUCGAGACGGCCGAUAAGGAAAAGAAGAGCCGAUGGAGAUUGUCGAGGACCGCCAAGAAAGAUGAUUCUGCAAGUGGACCGGCCAGUCCCAGGGCAUCGCCACCGCAGUUUAACAUAGGCUCAAACAAUAAUGCAGAUAUUAGCACCACCUCGAUUGGAAGCGCCAUUGCUAAACCCCGGAAAAGCUUUACUGGCGAAAGCUCAGAGCACCUGGGAAGUGGUAGCGAUCGCGCAUACACGUAUGAAAGCUCACGGGAUGAGAAGGAGGACGCAAAAGGCCCAAUUGGCUGGAUAAAGCACAAGUAUCGAGAGGCCAAAGAAAACGUUGAUCAAAAGCGGACCAAGUCUCCGCCUCCCCCAGACCACCAUCAAGCAUUUGGCCCGAGCCUAGCUUCACGAGGCAAGAGCUUAGAUAUAAACCGAGACUUAUCUCGAGAGCAAGAAAACCUUUUCGCAAAGCCA